UCCAUGAAAACCCCUCAAAAAUCCUUAAACCCUCCAAAACCUAAAAAUUGGGCGUCGCCUAGACUCUCCUCUCUUCACUCUCUUCUUCCAUUUCUUUUCUCUCUCUCUCCUCCAUCGACGAAGAGAGAAUUUUCUCUCUCCUCUUUUUCUCUUUCCAUAUUAAACCCUAAAUUGAUUGAUUGAUUAGCUCAAUAAUAUGCUCCAACAAUACGUUAUUAGUUCUAUCGAUUGGAAGCCAUCUCCUGUAGUUGCCCUAACUACUAGUGCCGACGAUACUCAAGUCGCUGUUGCGAGAGAAGAUGGUUCUCUCGAGAUUUGGCUUGUUUCUCCUGGUUCUAUUGGUUGGCACUGUCAAUUGACGAUUCAUGGCGAUGCGAAUUCGAGAAUAUCGUCUCUUGUUUGGUGCCGCACGAGUUCCAAUGAUAAUCCUUCUGGGAGGUUGUUUUCGUCUAGCAUUGAUGGGUCGGUUUCGGAGUGGGAUCUUUAUCAAUUGAAUCGAAAGACUGUGCUAGAGUCGGUUGGGGUAUCGAUAUGGCAGAUGGCGGUGGAGCCUUGUAAGAGUCCUAUGGGAGGUGUUGAGCAUGAAGCACAUUGCAAUGGGAAUGGGAAUGGGGUUGUGAUAGAUAAUAAUAGUGAGAUUAGUGAAAGUAGUGAUGAUGAUGAUAGUGAUGAUACAUUUGAGCUUAAUGAGCAAUCAUCUUUAGAGAAUCGCCGCUUAGCUCUUGCUUGUGAUGAUGGUUGUGUAAGAUUGUAUACCAUCCCUGAUUGUGAUGAGUUGACAUACCAUAAAGCUAUGCCCAGGGUCAGCGGCCGAGCUCUUAGUGUAGCCUGGAGUCCUGAUGGAAAUUUGAUCUAUUCUGGAAGUAGUGAUGGGUAUAUUAGAUGUUGGGAUGCAAAACGUAUGCAUGAAUUAUAUAGGAUAACAGUAGGUCUUGGUGGUUUGGGUACAUCGUCAGAUCUUUGUGUCUGGUCACUACUUGCUCUGAGGUGUCGGGUUCUAGUCAGUGCUGAUAGCACGGGCAGUGUUCAGUUCUGGGAUAUUAAGCACGGAACACUUUUGCAGGCUCACUCGCUUCACAAAGGUGAUGCAUAUGCUCUGGCUGCUACUCCUUCCCACAAUAAGGUGUUUUCUGCGGGUUCUGAUGGCAAGGUGAUCUUAUAUAAGCUCUCAGAACAUGAUCCCAACACUGGUCAUGCUAGCAAGUUAGCUUCGGAAGCCAGGAAGAGAUGGGUUUAUGUUGAUAAUAAAAAUGUUCAUACACAUGAUGUUAGGGCUUUGACAGUUGUAGUGCCGAUAAUCCAGGAAGAUUUGCUCCCAGAUGAAAAGGUUAAGAGAGUUCGUAGAAAAGAAAAGUCUCUGGACUUCAGUUAUCACAAGUGGGCCAAUUUGGGGGUUCCAAUGCUCCUGUCAGCUGGCGACGACACUAGGAUUUUUGCGUACUCUGCCAAUGAAUUCACGAAAUUUUCACCUCAUGAUGUCUGCCCUGCUCCUCAAAGAGUGCCUGUGCAUAUAGUCCAAAACUCCAUUUUCAACAAAAUGCCAUUGCUUCUAGUUCAAACCUCUAAUGGAGUUGAUGUCUUGUCUCUUAAGUUGGGAAGUGGCGCUGAUCUUGAUAAGGCUUAUGGUGCACGUGCAGCAACUAAUUUGUUGGCUCGUGUAAGUAGCAAGGGAUCUGGAAAGGUUACUUGUAGCACAAUGUCUCCUUCUGGGAAACUUUUUUGCUUUUCUAAUCAUGUCAAGCCUAAACUGUUUGAAUUAAGGCGAGGUGAAGGUUGCAAAAGUGCGUGGGUUAUUGACAAAAGACAACUUCCUGGAAAAUUACCCUAUGCUCAUGCCUUGAUUUUCACUUCAGAUUCAUCCCGGUUAAUUGUUGCGGGGAGUGAUAGACGAAUAUAUGUAGUAGAUCUUGGAUCGACAGGGAUAGUUCACGUUUUCACACCUUGCCGUAAGACACAGGAUGAGUAUUCUCAACCACGUGAACCUCCUAUUACAAAAUUAUUCACAAGUUCUGAUGGGCAAUGGCUGACGGCUGUAAAUUGCUUUGGAGAUAUAUAUGUUUUCAAUAUGGAGAUACAUAGACAACAUUGGUUUAUAUCAAGAUUAGAUGGUGCUGCUGUUACUGCUGGUGGAUUCUCUCCCCAGAGUAGCAAUGUGCUAAUCAUCACAACCUCAUCAAACCAAGUAUAUGCAUUUGAUGUAGAGGCCAAACAACUGGGCGAAUGGUCUAGGAAAAACUCAUUUGCUUUGCCUCGAAGGUUCCAGGAAUUUCCGGGUGAGGUCAUUGGCCUCUCAUUCCCACCAUCUGCGAGUUCAUCAUCUGUUAUUGUUUAUAGCUCAAGGGCAAUGUGCUUGAUUGACUUUGGAAUGCCUGUGGAACGUGAUGAUAGUAGUGACCAAGUCACUACCGACAUGCUUAGUGGUUUGGACUCCGUCUCAAAGAAGCUGUUAAGCUCAAAUGGAACGCUAAAGCGUAAGUUGCAGCAGCCUGAUAUGUAUGUUAAGCUGUAUGGUAGAAGAAAUUUUGAAUUUUUCCAGUUUAAACAUCCUGUUUUAUUUGUUGGUCACCUUUCCAAAAGUUCUCUUAUAGUCGUAGAUAAGCCGUGGUUGGAGGUGGUUAAGAGUUUCAAUAGCCAACCCAUUCACAGACAUAUAUACGGGACUUGAGCUCGUUUACAGAUCUGGGUAUAAGGAGUUCAUAACGAAUUUUGUGGUAUGCCAGAAGUCCCUGUUGGGGCGAUCAAUUUUGGUGUUUUACAGUAAUCACUUCUGUGUCCUUUGCGAUAUGAAGCGUCUUGUGUACUAUUAUGUUUCACUAAUGUUUCAAUCUAAUGUGCUAAUUAUUUCA